GAGGUAUAUAAGCCUGGCCCACGGGAAAACUCAGGCAGUCAAGUGGGUUGAGCCACGUUACGAACGCGCGCGAACCUUACGAUGAAAUUUAAGAUCCUCUUUGUGCUCGUUGCACUGGUGGCGCUGACGCGCUGCGAGGAUGCAGCGGAAAGGCAGCCCCAGGAAGCCGAUAAGAAGAAUGAAAAGCGGGGGCUCGAGCAUUCCCUGGGUGACUUUGGACACGAACCCCAUGAGCAUCAGGAGCACCACGAGCACGUGAAGACCGUGGAAGUGAUCAAGAAGGUGCCCGUGCCCGUCGAGCACAUAAAGCACGUACCCUACGAGGUGGUCAAGCACGUACCCUACGAAGUCAAGGUCGGCGUGCCACAGCCCUACACAGUCGAGAAGCACGUGCCUUAUCCGGUGAAGGUUUUCGUUAAGGUGCCCGUACACGUGCCCCAGCCCUACACCGUCGAGAAGAAGAUCCCUUACGAGGUGAAGGUGCCCGUCGACAAGCCCUACGAGGUUAAGGUCUACGUACCACAGCCCUACACCGUCGAGAAACACGUUCCCGUGGAGGUUAAGGUCCCGGUGCCCCAGCCCUACACCGUCGAGAAGCACGUACCGUAUCCCGUGAAAGUCAAGGUCCCAGUGCCGCAGCCCUACACCGUCGAGAAGCACGUGCCUUACGAAGUGAAGGUGCCCGUCGACAAGCCCUACCCCGUACCGGUGCCCAAGCCCUAUCCCGUAACCGUGGAGAAACCUUACCCGGUUACCGUUGAGAAACGCGUGCCCUACGAGGUCAAGGUACCCGUCGACAAGCCCUACGCAGUCCCGGUUGAGAAGCCCUAUCCUGUACACGUGAAGGUGCCAGUACCCAAGCCAUACAUCGUCCACAAGCCCGUGCCCGUGACCGUCGAGAAGCCGGUCCCUUACCCAGUGAAGGUGCCCGUCGACAAGCCCUACUACAUCGAGAAGGAGGUGCCCUAUCCCGUUGAGAAAGAGGUACCCUACCCGGUCAAGGUCCCCUACCCAGUUCCCGUCCAUGUCAAGGAGCAUUAUGACGAGCACCAAGAUGGCGGACAAUUAUCUGGCUUCGAGUCCGGCAGCUACGAAGGCUACCAUCACUAAGCAUCGUGACGUCCUCGAGGCAGACCUUCCGAGCUAUCGUCGUCUGCCCAUUUAUGUUUCUUCAGCUAAAAAUCUCAUCUUAGUCCUAACUAAUUGCAAAAGAGGUUGAGAUAUAUCGAGAGUUUCAACUUUUCUAUUCCUCAUAUCUCUUCUU